GAGCCUGUUCAUGUUCGUUGCAGCAGCAACUGCUGUCAACGAAUCGAAGACCUCAACCGCAUGUGCGAUUAAAAGACAUCAAUCAGGACGGUGCUUUUGUUCAGAACAUUUUGUGGCUGACGGACUACGCUCAGAGGAUGGAGCCACCAGAUCCUUCAAGAUCAAUUCCUGUCUACAUCAAAAUAGAAGGCCAUCACUCGCAGUACAAAGGCUCAAUUGCAAUGAGCACGAACAUCAAGCGGGCCACCUCACUACUGGAGAGCUGCAAUGCGGACCGACUGGAGCUGGACCAGGUGCGCUGCACUGUGGCAUUGUCCGAAUGCCGCAGGGCCACAGCCUGGCAGUUGGCCACCGAGCUAUUGGCUCGGCUGAGCCUUCUGCGUUUGAUGCCCGAUGCCGUCACCUGUGGUGCUGCUGUGAGCUGCCUGGCGCGAGCGGCGCAAUGGGAAGGAGCUUUAGAAGUCUUGAAAUCUGCACGGCAGCAACAAGUCCAGAUUCUCACUUUGAGCUUAGUAUGAGAAGUGUGUUGGUAUGUGCUGGUCGAGUUUCGUCAAAGUUAGUUGCAUGUCAUUUCUGCAAUUGUUGUCUCCACCACUCUGGUGUCAGUUUUUUGGGGCGAACGGGAGAGUAAGGGCAAUACUGUUCUGCACCAGGGGUUCAAAAGGGAAUAGCUCCAGUUUAUCACAGUCACCUCCAGUUUAAGACUGUGUUUUAGCUGGAGAUAUCAUGAGGAGGGCUAAGCAUCGGCAGAGAUUGGCCAUGGGCAACUGAAAAACCUUGGCUUUGUCAGGCACAAUCUCAUUAUGUGCAAUGCAGCAAUGAACGCAUGUGAAAGAGGCAGCAGCUGGUGCACAGCCUCGCUGCUUCUAAGAGAGAUGAAGCAUGAAAAGCUUUCUCCAGACUGCAUAUCAUACAGCUCAGUGAUCAACGCAUGUCAUAAGAAUAGCUUGUGGGCAGAGGCUUUAGAUUGCUUGAAAGAACUGCAGCACAGCAGCAUUUCUCCAGACAACAUUGCCUACAACUCAGCCAUUUCUGCCUGUGAGAAGGCCGGGUCGUGGCAGGCUGCUUUUGCACUUUUGGAUGACAUGUGCAAGAGGAAGCUUCCUCCAGAUUUGAUCACGUGUAGUGCUUUGACAAGUGCAUGUGAUAAGGGAGGGGAAUGGGAAAUGGCCAUGGCAAUCCUGCACCAGAUGCCCAAACUUGGGGUUUUGCCAUCCGUUGUGACUUUCAGCGCCCUGGUCAGUGCUUUGGGCAAGGGUGGUCAAUGGAAGAUUGCCAUCAGCAUUUUUGAAGAUGCACUGUCACAAAAUGUCACUCCAAAUGAGGUGCUUUGUGGAUCAAUCAUAAACACAUGUGGCCAAGCAAGCCAGUGGCAAGCAGCCUUACAUUUCCUUGCAGACAUGUUUGUGAUGAAGAUCCGCCGAAAUGAAGUGACUUACAACUCUGGUAUUGGGGCAUUGGAUGGAACACAAGAGUGGCAAAUCGCAGUUCAUCUUCUCGAACAGAUGGCGUUGGAGGUGCUCCCUGGUGUGGUCAGCUAUCAAACUGCAAUGAGUGUUUGUGGAAAGGCCAGCGUGUGGGCCAAAGCCAUUCUUCUCCUAGACUCUGUCACGAAGAGUGCGCAAGACAUGCCAGCAACUUGGACUGCUGCCAUUUCAGCUUGCAGCAGUGGUUCUCAGUGGCAAGCAGCGCUACACUUGGGAGCGCAGAUGCCAAAGGAGGACUUUGGAUGUUGUAAGUCCUAUGGCGCUGUGAUGACCGCCUGUGCUCAGCAAAAUCGCUGGCAUUUUGUCAUAGCAUUGUUUAGCGAAAUGCUCUCGCUAAAGUUUCCUCCUGACUGCUCUCAUUUCCAGACAGCGAUCAGCGCUUGCAGAAGUUGGGAGUGGAUGCUUAACUUGCUCGAGAAGUCGAGGGAACAAUCCUUGGAACUUGGGUUUGAUACAUACAACAUCGUAUUAAUGACCCUGCGCAAGUCAGGCAAAUGGGAUAUUGCUUUGGCUAGCCUGGAAACAAUUGCUUAUCCUGAUGCGACUCAUUAUGCCAAUGUCAUCCUGGCAAUGGGUGAGGCAAGCGAGUGGCGGCAAUCACUGGCCAUGAUGAAUGGCCACCAGCUGGAUGUUCGCACAGCCAAUUCGGCCAUUUCUGCCUGUGAAAGAGGCAGCCAAUGGAAACAGGUAGUUGGAGUGCUUCAACACAUGCACACGCAUCAUAUUGAAAUGGAUGCCACCACCGUGAGUGCGGCGGCCGAUGCUUGUCCCAGCUGGCAGCUGGCGAUUUCUCUCUUGAAUUUGGCUAUGCAUGACUCCGUUCAACUAAGCAUUGAAAGCUUCAAUGCCGCUCUCAACCUUUGCCAAGACUCGUGGAGAACAGCGUUGUCGAUCCUUGUGUGGCUUUCAGCUGGCAUCAGCCCAGAUCAUAUCUCCUGUGGAAGCUUUUUGAGCUCCUGCGAGCCUGAGUUUGCAGGUUGUCGAAUGGGCAUAUGGGAUCAUAUAGGUUGUCUACAGUAAUGGAAUGUUUGUUAUUUGUGUUUCUUUUUUGUGGGGGUUAGGUGAGGUAGGUAGUAGCUAGGUAGGUAGCUAUAAGUAGAAGAGGUAGCUAGUAGCUUAAGUAGCUACUACCUAGGACGCAGGAUAGUUCGUGCUUUUUCAAGGAAGCUCCCCCAGCCGCCCCAAAGGCAGCAGGGGGGAGCUUCCUUGAAGAAGCGCUCGCACUAUUCAUUUGGUCCCUAGAUUUUGAGGGAAACUUAACUAUAUGGCUGAUGUGUAAGGAGAAAGCUGGUGAAUGGCGAGUAGCUCUUCAGGUGUUUUGGGAGCUACCAUCGCGCUCGUCGCAGUGCUUUGACAUUCUUAAUCGAGUGCUGGUGGGGGCUGCUCAUUGGCAACUCACACUUCAGCUGAUGAGUCAAAUGCUAGAGCAGCGCCUCAUGCCCAACGGCAUGCAUGUGGCUUCUGCAGCGCAGGCAUUGAAAAUGCCUGGCAUGUCAGCAAGGCUGUUGCAAGAUUCUCUAGGCUUGUGGAAGGCCAACGCCCCAGAAGUGUUCAUUUGGAACUCUAACUUGAAGAUGACACUGGCAGAAGCUGGUUGUCAUCGCGAGGUUUUGGCAUCUCGCCCAGGCAUUUUAGCAAUGUCGAAGCCGCCCAAUAUGACCACAGAGGCCAUUCUGGAAGAGCUGACAGAUCGCGUGAGCAGCCGCGACCCAGAACUUGCAUGCUUCACAUCAGUUUCGAGGUUAGACUUUCCAACCUCUGGGGUUUUGAUUGUAGCUCAUGGUCCACCAGAAUCUCCAGCUGCAAACUGGUUGCAGGCACAGUUUGCCAGCCGCCUUGUCAAGAAGGAAUACCUGUGCCUCGUUGAGGGGAAGAGCCUCGGAGAAGUAGGUUCUCAGGGCGAGAUCGUGCAGCCGCUUCUGACCAUCUCUUCAAACAGAGGAUCAAGAGUGGAAGCAUCCUCGCUAGGGCAAGAAGCCCAAACCAAAUACGAGGUUCUUCAACGAUUUCCUUUGAAUGGCACAUCAAUGGAGCUGAUCUUCUUGCGCGUGGCCCCUUUGACUGGACGGAUGCAUCAAAUCCGGGUCCAUUUCUCCAGCAUCGGCCGACCGCUGGUGGGUGACUUGACCUACAAUCAAUUUUCACAAGCAAAUUUAAGCCCUCGGCUGUUCUUGCACUGCCACCAAAUGGAGCUGCAAGAUCUUGAAUUGAAGCCUUUUGCUGUAAAGCAAUCACUCCCAGGAGAUCUUCAAAUGGUACUUGAUAAUUUGCAUAAAAAAUAGGAUGCACUAGGGC